GUCAUGCUAAACACAUCCAUGUUUAACGAAAAAUCAACAAAUCCAAAUUAAGGUUAUAAUUAAUUGAACUCGCACGUGUUUCCAGAAUGAAAAGGAAAACAAAACGAGAAAUUUCAGAAUCAAGCGAUUCCGAAAGCGACAGUUCCGAGGCAGAGUUACAAGAAGCGUUCGCAAAGGGACUACUAAAACCAGGACUCAACAUCGUGGAAAACGCUCCGAGAAAGUUCGUAAAUGACGAAGCCAGUUUAAAACAAAAGUUAUUGGAAUUUCAACUAAAACUACCAUGGAUCGAAAGAUUGGAUUCCACAAAUGAUCCUGCUCCGCUUGCACCGGAAAUGGCCGCGCAAAUUUUGGAGCAGGAAGAGAAACAAAAAAGUUUACGAAGCAACAACAAAAAGUUACCACAGAUAGCGAUCGAAAAUGAUCCCGUACUGAACGAUUUCAAACGCGAAAUGAUAUUUUAUAGACAGGCGCAAGCGGCCGUGUUGUCCUCGAUCCCCAAACUUAAAGCACUCAAAAUUCAGACCAAAAGACCUGACGAUUAUUUUGCGGAAAUGGCAAAAUCAGACGAGCACAUGCAGAAAAUAAGACAAAAUCUGAUGCAAAAGCAACUUGGCAAAGAACGAAGCGAAAAAAUCAAACAGCUGCGUUUGCAGCACAAGGAGGGUAAGGCGUUGCAGACGCAAACGAAGUUAGAACGCCUAAAAGAGAAGAAACAAAUACUCGACCGAGUGAAAAAAAUGCGAAAGGGCGCAGAGAAAAACUUUGAUUUUCUGAAUCAAGACGACUCAAAGAAGAAGGGCGGGAAAAAGGCAUUAGACAAGCGUAAAGUACGCAACGAGCGAUUUGGUUACGGUGGCAAAAAGCGUGGCUCAAAGAUGAACACAAAGGAGAGUUCUGCGGACUUUGGUAAUCACAGGGGAAAGGGAAAGGCGAGUAGGCCGGGCAAAAAUCGACGUAACAAUGUAAAAAAUAGGCGCAAAUAAAUGUAUUUUACGUU